UUAAAUUCAGUAAAACCCAUUGAAAGACAAAUUAGUUUUUGUCUCUGUUCACGCUAGUACCAGUUCAACCAGUACCACAGUUCAACCCUGGAACAACAAAAUCUCUCGUAAGAAAAUGACACGCCUUUCCGGACAGCAAUUUUAUGCCUCAGUGUAACGCAGUGCUCCAUGCAUCCGAACUUCCGAAGAGCGAAGAUUGGGCAGUCCGUGUUCAAUUGCAGUCGAAAGGAGUUGUGUGACUUGUGUCAUUGUCGGUGCUGUGGUGCUGUACAUUUAUAGAUAAACUCUGUGGAAACAUAGAUUAAUCAUCAGCGAUGGCAUCUCCGUCUGGGACUGAUAACAGUAAAACCGGUCCGCAACCAUCGGGCACUUCAGUUCAUCAAGGACUCUCCCCAACAAUCAUCGGACACUAUUCUAUGACUGGCGAGAUCCAGGAUUUUGAUGGAAGCAACUGCGCACAGAUCGUCAUAGACUGGGACGAAGCGUCCGAAAAAAAGUUGAAGACACCAAUGGACCUGAACAUGGCGAUGGACAAGGUGCAGCGUAAGAAUAUGAAGAAUCAUUUCAAUGACAGACUGAAGAAACUGCAGCACUGGAUCUUGGAGCACUCGGAGUGCAUGAAUGCGAAGCCUAACUUCGUGACGAGCCGCGGCGUGAUGCAACGCCUUCUUACUUCCAUUUAUCCGCAGGAAGAACACCUUGUAUUGCAUGCCACCAAGAUUGGCGAGACAAUUUUUCUGCUCCGUGUGCCCUCCAAGAAGGAGAUGCAAGAACAAGAGAACGCCAGCGAAGAACAGCAGAAGAACAGUCACUAUGGUUUCAAGUUCGAGCAAUUCAUGACGGACGGCGCAGAUCCUUCCACUGGAAACAACGAGAAUAAAUCGUACUAUGUCAUCGUCCAAGCCGAACUGGCAAACGAAGCUGACUUCAACACCCUUCUGUACGAAGCUGAGGUAGACGGGAUGAACAAAAAGUUCUACAAAGACGAUCGGCUUCCCAACUGUGACGAGUUGAUUGAGCUCAAAACGGGCAUGCUGAAAGUUGGUGCCAUGGAACAAUCUCUGAAGCCAUACAAAAUGCGCAACACGUGGGCGCAGUGCUGGCCAGUGGGCAUCCCGCUUGUGGUGUGCGGCUUCCGGGAUGAAGGCGGCGUCGUGGGGCGCAUACGCUCCUUCCGUGUGGCGGAUCUGCCUCGGGACUCGCAGAAGUUCAAAAAUAAGAUUGACUUCUCACCGGACAAGAUGGUAAAUGCUCUGAACGAAUUCCUGGAAUGGGCCAAAACCGAAGUCAAAGACGACGAGGUGGUCUAUGAGCUCACUGUGACCCAGCCGCUUCUUACCAGUAAGGGCCAAACCGUGAAGCAGCCGCAGCUUGUCAUUGAAGGCCAUACCGCGAAGAAGCCGCGGCUUCUCGAUGACUUCUCCGUGAAACAGCCGCCUCUAGACAAAGCCGAAGACCCCUUCCGCAGUAGCCGCUUGUCGCCCACCUCUCAGUUCCUCUUGCCUGACUUCGUGCAGGCGAUGCGUAGCAACUGACGCCACAUCAGUAACGGAUGUGAUGCAGCAACAAUUGAAUAUUUCACCAAAAAAAUAUAUCUCUCCCCACUAAGCAAAAUGAUGUCGAUUGUACAAACCGCAUCCACUUCCAUAAUAAAUAAAUAACCAAAUAAAUAGUAAUAUUUGGUUAUGUGGUAUUUAUACAUUACGUUGUAAUAAUUUACUAAUAAAUUCACCUAACUUUCCGGAAGUAGAUAAAUAUGAUUACAAACAUUCUUCUUCUUCAUUCAUUCAUAUCAUGAAUGAGGUUUACGGCUAAAAUAUCCAGUGUCAAUCCUAAUAGAAAAUAUUGUUAAAAAAAAGCUCUUUCUGUCUGCUCCUAAAUUUUGCUUCUAGCGCUUGUUAAUUUCAUCAAUCAAUCUACUAUUUUUAGAAAAUAGAUUUUAAUUUAUUAUAAGCUUUUGGCGAUCAAGUUUUAUUCGCUUUAUUUAGAUAAAGAAAAAUUUUGUAUUGUAGAGUGCCUUUACCUAUUAUUAUUGCGUAUGAAUUUAUACAGAGGGUUCUCUACCUGUGAAAAAUUUCAUUCUCGUAUUCCAGAAUAUAAGUGAUGAAUUUCAGCCGAGCUGGAAUGUCAA